CGGAAACAGUGAGUCAGGCUGCCAACCGAUCCGACGAGCGAACCAUACAUAGCACAAUGCAGUUAGCUAGCUAACGAAAUACAUCGAGGUAUUUCAUACAAAUUGCCGUUUGACAGGAGGCAAACGUCAACUGUAAGUCGUGUGACAGCAAUACGCUUUUUUCAUUUUAUUUUUCGUAUGCGGAUUGUUUAUGUGACUUGCUAACACCUCACUGGCUAACGUUAGUGAGCUAACUGCACUGCAACAGAAGCAGGAAGCUAGCCACUAAAUAGGUGCUCCAUAAUGUCACGUUAGUCCUGGCCAGAAGCGAGUGAACGAAUUUGUUGCGAAGUUCUUCUGAAAGUACAAGGUAGGAGGAGUGUAACAAUGAAAGUCAUGGAGAAGAAUGUGAUGCGUCUGGUGGCUGUGCAACACCUCCGCGCAGCGUACGGGAUAAAGACAAAGAACUGGAACAAAAACAAAGCAGCCAGCUGUAAGUCAACAGCCAGCUAUUCGACAAAGGUUUUCGGGGUGUCCCUGGAGAGCUUACCGUAUUAUAAUAUGGAGUGUGGGAGCGUGCCGAGCUUCCUGGUCGACGCGUGCAUGGUGCUGCUGGCACAUGUCGACACAGAGGGCCUGUUCAGAAAAUCUGGCUCCGUUGUUCGCCUGAAAGCACUCAGGGCAAAACUGGAUGCGGGCGAGGAAUGCCUGUCCACCGCACUUCCCUGUGACGUGGCCGGUCUGGUGAAGCAGUUCUUCAGGGAGCUACCGGAGCCUGUGCUGCCCACGGAGCUGCAGGAGGCCUUCCUGAAGGCCCAGCAGCUCCCCGCCGAGGAGGAUAGGACCUCUGCCACCAUGCUGCUGUCCUGUGUUCUACCUGACAGAAACCUAAGCGUCCUGCGUCACUUUUUUGACUUCCUACACAAUGUGUCUAGAAGGAGUGCAGAGAACAAGAUGGAUAGCAGUAACUUGUCCGUAAUCUUGGCUCCCAACAUCCUUCACGCUGGAGACGGUACAGAGAAGAUGAACGCCAACACCGAGAAGCGCCUCAAGCUGCAGGCGGCCAUAUUGCACAGCUUCAUAGAGAACGCCCACAACUUUGGUGUCUUACCACAGUUUCUUCUCGAGAAAGUUCCAGCCAUGAUGGGCUGUGAAGCGGGGGGUCUGUCCCCCACUGAUGGACUAGUGGAGCUGGACCUAAACUCUGGGAUGAAGAAGAGACACAGACGCAGCUUCGGAGAUAUGGUCAAUGGUGCCCUGAAUAAGAUAAAAACUAAUAGAACGCCCACAAAACCCACCCAGUCAGACAUUCUUGUCUUUUCCUCUGCAACUCCUGUGAUUGCAACACCGACCUCGAAACGAAAACUUCCCUUGGAAUCCGGCCACUCUUUUGGAUUCUCAAACAAGAAACGUAGAUCUGUCAAAAAGACCCUUGGGAUAGAAUUACUUCCCAACACUUUGUUCAGCGGGGCCUCCACUCCUGGAUCAGCUUACAGUGCUUCUGGGGUCUUGGACUCUUCCCAAACUACCGUGUCGUCAGCGGGGAAGUCUAGAAGGCAGUCGGCUGUUUCUGUGAAGAGGAAGAGCCGACGACUCAGCAGCAGACACGCUGUCAACAGGGUGGAGUCUGGAAGAGCCGGAUGCUUUUCUCCUAAAGUCGACAAGAAAGAAGCACCGCGCAAAUCCCUGCGCUCCAGAUUCAGCCUGGGGAAGAGCAGCAAGGAGGCUGGAUCUGGGUCCAUUGGCUGGCGACUUGCCACUCAGGAGAGCACCACCAGUUUUCCUUUCACCAGCAAGACGGAGUUCAGUCCGUCCGAUGUGCUUAGAAGAGCACCACCAAAGAGCGUCAAGUACAUCAGCAAGUCUGAGGACAAUUUGCUGACCCCCCAAUGUGGCUCAGGUGCCCACCGGCCCUCGUGGAGCGGGGAGACCCCCGUAGGAGCCCAGGUUUUCAGCGGAAGAUCUUUCGCGGACACCCCCAUGAACAUGUGCUUAAAGAGCAACUGCAUGUCUGAGCCGACCGUUGUCAUGCCGAAGCCCCCGGCGGUGGCCGGCUUUCCCAAGAAGCUGUGUUGUGCUUCCAGUGCCGAGAGCCUGGAGAGCGAGAGCUCCGUCGCUGAGGCCCGGAGCCGAACCGGUCCCACCCUUGUGAAGAUAAAGAAGGCCUUCACAGAGUCGGGCAGCGACCUCCGGACCGUCGUACAAGAUCCCUUCCGCUCCAUGGAGACGAACACGGCAAAACCACCAGACUGCAUCCUACUUCCUCCACCAGGGACUCCCCCAGUCAGAGUUCUGUCUGUGGACACAGAGGCCUCCAGCUUCUCACCUCAGCAGAGCCUCCUGGCUAACGAACAGAACGUUACCUUUGGCCAGAUUGAAAUUGCCACUUUAUCGCCUUUGCAUAUUGACAGUGUACUCUUUGAGCCCGGUGCGUACUGUACCGAUAAGCGUUCUCUCUAUGCUGCUGCCGUCAGUAGCCACAACGGCUCCGUGGUGGCGGCCUGUGAAACAGAGGUGGAGCAGGUGAACUGCAGCAGGUUGAUUGACGCUCUGGACAUCCAGAGUCCUGCUCACUUCAAACUGGGUGUCUCCUGCGGGCUGCAGUCCACGCCAUACAAGCUGGGCCUGGACCUCAGAGAUGAGUUUGGUACACCUCCAAAGUUUGUCACUGUCGUCCGUGCGGUACACGGAGAAAAUGAAUCUUCCCCGGAGAGUGGCACCAAAGUCCAAAACCAGCAGCCCCUCUCGCCGCGCAGCCUGGAGAGCGAGAAGUGCCGGGUGGCAGACCACAUUCAUCACUUCAACAAGCUCACCCUCCAUUCUCCCAGAGGCCCCGCGGCCAAACACUUCAGAUCGCCGCUCAAGUUCCAGCGCACCCCAGUGCGCCAGACUAUCCACAGGAUGAACUCCCUCCUGGGAGAGAGCAGGAGACCCUCGAGAAACGCGGAGCUCGCCGUCAGCCAGAGCGGUGCGGUGGUGAAGGCGGUGAGCCUGGAGAGUGGCCUCUCCCCUCACCCACAGCUUCGGCCUUACCAGGGAGAGGCGCAGCCGGGACCGUCCCACAGAUGUUGUCCCAUAAAGAAACCCCCUCCAGUCCCACCCAAGAAGCCAAGCACCUUGGCCCGUAAACCACGGGUCACCCCUCUGGCCGACACGACCAACAGGGUCCAGCAAAAGACCAAAGUGGACGGUUCUGUCGCUGAUCCCUCAGGAGCUCAGAAGCCCCUCUUGCAGCAGGUAGUAGAGAAGGACAUGAGCCAUUACAGAGGUUCACCUCGAAACCCCCUCAACCAGGUACAGCUGAUGUCUGCCACCAAGCCUGUAGAUUUAUAGUUUCAAAUCUUUUUCUUUUCGUUUCCUCCUCACUAUGCAGGUGUCUGUCUGGUAGGACCGCUUGACAUUAAACAUUCCCUCCUAUAUAUUAUCCAUUUUUUCAGGGCUUUUAAUUUAUUUUUUUUAUCUACGGUAGGUGCUGUUUGUGUUGCGUUAGGGCCUUAAUGGGAGAUUUUCAUAUGCCGUGAGUUUUGUUUUACUCUAGUAAAACAAGUAUGGGAGUUAAAUAUCGACAGGAUUAUGUUGUCUGGUGUUUAGACUGUAGCGUGCCAGAUUAUGUGAAAUGUGAUGGAUGGAAUGACUGGAAAUGUUCGGAUUAAGUCUUUUGCUUUUUAUUUAUGCAUUUUAUAUCUAAUCCUUAGUUAGAUGUCCUUGAAAAAAACUGUUUACUGAAAAGUUGAAGCCGUUUCUUAAUUACAUAAUAUUUUCUUACCGGAUGUCGUCAUGAACAGAGAGAAGAAAAAAAUGCACCUUUUUGUUGUUGAUCUUUAUUCGAGAGAAAAAAAGCCGAGCAGUAUUGAUUACAUUGUCUGUCCAUCGCAGACCAUGCAUUUCAACACCAGCCACCAGUAACAUGCUUUGCUAUGUGAACUGCUUCAGACAAUAAACUCAAACGGCAUAAUGUACGAUACGUUCUCUGUUCAGUGGAAUUCUUCUUGCAUAAGUAGUACUUGUUGGAGCCACAAGGGGGAGCAGUACAACCACUGACGUGUUCAUAUUGUAACCAACAGACUGAUCCGUUGCAACCAUGACCUGACAUAACAUGUAUUUGAACACAUUUGCUUCUGGUUUAUUUGAAAAGAUAUCAUGUGCCUUGUUCUGGAGAAUCCAUAAAAUAAAU